UGCUACAAUUUUUCUUAUUUAGUUUUCUAUAUUUGCCCAUCGAUUUAGCCUCAUGUGUCACACAUGAUUCAUUUUGACAGAAGUUCUAACAAAGUUAAAUAAAAUAAUAUAGCUACACAUUUUGAGAAGUUAAGGAACCAAUACUCAUAAAUUUUUAAUAAAAAAAAUCAUUACUCCAAUUGAAUUAAAACUGAUAUAUCAUUACUACAAUUUCUUCGUUACAUAAAAGCCACAAAACACAACAGAAAUCCCACUUAAAAAGAAAAAAAAAAUAAAAAAUGAACCACUGACUGAGGACAUAAACAUCCGAAAUUUAUACCCCGGCAGAAAAGGAGAAAAGAAAUCCCACUUACGCAAUCUAAUUUUCCUUUUUGGGUAAGACAAAGUUUCUCAAAAAGAGGGAAGUUCUGUCUAGAUAGGUACCCACAGUCCAAUCUCACCAUAUAAGAAGCAUUUUUUCCUUAAAUUUUUUUAGUGUGAAGAAACACAGGUCGACGCAUCAAGUACCAUCAGUAAUUACAAAAAAAAAAAAUUCAAAAAUCAAAUUACUUAUAUUAACAUUGAGCGUAUACUGGCACAAAAAAAAUUUCUUUAUUUAACAGCCGUCACAGAAUACAACACUUGCUGUAAGUGGUUCUGAUUAUCUGAUUAAUUUCUUUGAUAUAUCACUCUCCUUUCCCAGUCUAUAUAUAUAUAUAUAUAUAUGUAUCCACACACACACACCUAUAUAUAUUUAUCCUUUUCUCUUCCUUCUCUUCAAAGCAACGAAGCCAAUAAAUCCUUUUCCCGCUUUUCUCAGCCCCCUAGAAUCUUUCUUUUUCCUCAACUGGGUAUUUUUUCUUGCUGUUCAACCCUUCAUCUUUCAUCUUCUUUCUAUACACACACACACCUAUAUAUAUUUAUCCUUUUCUCUUCCUUCUCUUCAAAGCAACGAAGCCAGUAAUUCUUUUUCCCGCUUUUCUCAGCCCCCUAGAAUCUUUCUUUUUCCUCAACUGGGUAUUUUUUCUUGCUGUUCAACCCUUCAUCUUUCAUCUUCUUUCUGGUUAAUUUCCAAAAAUUUCAACUUUUUACGAUGUGGGUUGCUUUCAGAUAGAUAAAGCCCUCGCCUUUGAGUUUAAUUUCGUUCAAAUCCCAAAAAUUCAUCUGGGUUUUUCCCAUUCUCUCUCUAGGAUUAUACCCAACGAACCAAAUCAGAUUUUCUCAGGGUUUUCCAAGAUUCUCCGCGAUUCCCAAAAAGUGGAUUCUUUCCAAGAUUCUUUAGUCUAUGCUAUCUAGGAAAAAGGAGAUUCUUGAUUCCCAGUAGAAGAUUCUGAAUUGAUUGCCUUCUUAAGCUUUACUUCAAUAGCUUCCGACUAAAUAAGUGAAGCAGUUCCUGAUAUUUUUACGGCUUGUAAAAGCAUGGAGACCUUGUAUCCGGCUUCAAACAUGGCGGAUUAUGAUUGGUACUCAGAGUGGACUAAGGAGGAGAACAAGAUGUUUGAGAGUGCCCUGGCGAUGUUCGAUGAGAAAACGCCGGACAGGUGGCGGAAGGUGGCGGAGAUGAUACCGGGGAAGACGGAGAUCGACGUGAUCAAACAGUACCAGGACCUGGAGGAAGAUGUUUGUGAAAUAGAAUCCGGGAGGUUUCCGAUUCCUCCAGGGUACCCUCAGUCGUACUUCACAUUGGAGUUGGGGGAUGAUCGAGAUUUCGAUGCGAAUCGAAAGAGGCCGGCCAAGGCAGCGGCGAGGGGUUCUGAUCAGGAGAGGAAGAAGGGAAUUCCAUGGACACCCGAAGAGCACAGGCGGUUUCUGCUGGGACUUCUAAAGCACGGGAAAGGGGACUGGAGAAACAUCUCUCGGAAUUAUGUGGUCACUAAAACUCCCACACAAGUAGCAAGCCAUGCUCAGAAAUACUUCAUGAGGCAACAUUCAGGCGGGAAAGAUAAAAGGCGGCCAAGCAUCCAUGACAUAACCACUGUCAACCUCACAAGCAAUACUCCACCAGAAACUAACGGGUCUCCUUCAGACCAGUCUCCACCAGAGCAGAAGUCCACUGAAUCGCCAAACGUUUUACUUGACUGGAAUGCAGCUGAUGAUGGAGGAGCCGCCAUGGUUUUCGGCUCUACUCAUGGCAAUCUCUUAGAUCCAUCUCCAUAUGAUGGACCGGCAGAUGGGAUUAAAAUGCAGUUUCAGAAACUAUACAGCCACGCUCAUUAUGCUGCUCACGCCACACCUCAAAAUUCGCUAUAUCUAAGGCAGUCCGCGAGACAUCAGAUUCAUGGAUAAAAACAGGCCUAGUAAACGAUUUUCAUCAGAAUUUCGGUGUUGGUUUUAUUUUUUACGCGUUUGUGUUGGAUUGAUUUAGCUUAAUAAGGACUUGGUUUUCGUACAUAGUUCUUGAACAUUGUGAAAUGGAAAUUAAUUGUAAAUUGCUCUUUCCCUUCAGGGCUUGAGUGUGUCUACAUUUCCCAGUC